UAAUGUUUUCUGGUGAUUUUUAUUAGGAUUCGAGUUUAUUAUUGUAGAUUGAUGUGCAAAGAUGGAUUUCGAUCAAAUACUUUUAGCCAUUCAAGCAUCUUUAGAUUCACCAACACUGGGUACAGAUUGUACUUCGCUAUACAACACUUUAACUGUUCAACCAUUACAUCAAUCUCCAUGUUCAAACCAAAGUCUAGCUCUUUUGAAAGCCUUUAGUUCCGAUGAAGAUACUGUUAAAAGUUAUUUACUGGAUGGCGAUCAAUUGAACAAUCAAAAUGAUGGACAAUUUGUUGACUCGUCAAUGAAAACAUAUGAUUAUUACACCGAAAAUUUGCUCAACUUUAAUGACCAACCUCAUGGCCAAUGGGCUGUUGAAAGCUUAACUUCAGCUCAAGCGGCUAUCUCAUCAUGCACGCAAACUGAUCCCCUGGCCGCGAAAUCUCACCUCUGGGCUAAAAUAAACGAUGAAAAGUUCAAUCUAAAAACAAAUUUUAUUCGUCUCAUUGAGCGUGGAUAUAAAUUGAUCUUGUCACUAAACACGGACAAUAGUGAAGUUGCAGAGCCAUGGAAUCCUAAUGUUAGUCAAAAAAUUCUUGCUGUUUCCUUUUCUUCAUUGAGUUUGAGGAGUGAAUAUUUGUCCUAUGAUGUGCAACUGAAUGGAUUUGAAUCACUAUUAAUGAAUGAAGCGCGUGCCGCUUUUAAGGGUCAUAAAUACUUGCAUUUGUUUGCAGAUUUAGGUGGAAUAGGACGAGAAAAAGCAAGUCCAGAUGAACUCAUUUCAAUAUGUACUGGAAUCAAAGGUUUUAGAAAAAUCGAAAUCAGUGAUAAAAUAACUCUUUUAUCCAACAUAUACAAUCAUCUUAAUUUAAUGGAAGGUAUCUUUAUUUACGAUGCAACAAUUGAUGGAUGGGAUUUUUCAGAAUUUAAACUUGAUCGACGAGAUACGUUCAUCUUCAACAAACUCUUGCACGAUGGACUUGUUCACGUAAUCGAAACCUUUCCCGAUCAAUUUAGAAAUGAUAUAAAUGUCAUUAUUCUCAUAUAUCUAAUCAUUAUUUUCAAUGGUGACAUAUCUGGAUUGAAACAUCCCGCAGUAAUCAGAUAUGAACAAUUCUCGUAUAUUCAUUUACUUCGACGCUAUUUGCGGACAGUUUGUGAAUCUGAUUGUGAAGCUUCAGACAAUCAUUACAGGUUGAUGGCUAAAAUCGAACAGUUGCGACUUUUAAGUGAACGAAUCCAAAAAAAUUUCGCCACUUUACUAAAAGAGCCGUUGGUGGAAACCAUAACAAGAGCAGUUAAGAGACAAUACGCUCAUCAAUUUCAUCUGCAGAUAACUUUUGAUGCAAACUGAUUUAACAUAAAUUAAACUAAUAAUUAAUAGCCAAAUUCACCUGCAGAUAGACCAGGGACAAAAGCAUCAUUAUCGCACGCAAA